AUGGCUUUUGUAGGGGUCAGCGGAGGCCAACUGCUUUCCGCCUUGGUUCUGCUUGUUCUUGCCAAGGGAGUAUGGGAAUUGUUCCUCUCGCCACUCAGGGCGUUUCCCGGUCCGCUGGCGGCAAAGCUGAGCGAUUGCUGGAGAGCCUUCCUCACAUCACGGGGCAGCGUCGACUCCGUCACACGCGGCUGGCACGAGAAAUGGGGGAGCGCCGUGAGGAUAGGCCCCAACACCAUCAGCCUAAGCGACGCCCAGUUGAUCAAGGUGAUCUAUGCCAACAACAGUAAAUACGCUUGGAAAAAGAGUGACAUGUAUCGUGUCAACGAUGUCAUGGUCGACGGCCAGAGAAUUCCCAACAUCUUCAACACCCAGGACGAGGCUUUCCACAGCAAGUACACCAAGCCAAUCAGCGGCUUCUGGACCGUGAGCAAAAUCCUGGAACUCGAGCCCCUGAUGGAUGAGACGAUUUCGGUCCUCGUGAAAAAGCUUGGCAGCAAGUUUGCGGAAGCUCCCGAGCCGUCCAUCUGCAUGAUGGAUGAUUGGCUGGCGUACUUCUCCUGGGACUUUGCAGCCAAUGUCAGCUUCGGACGGCAUUACGGUUUCCUCGAAGAGGAAAAAGACAUCCAGGGCAUGAUCAAGGGGUCUACGGCGGGGCUUUACUACUUUGCUGUGGUGUCUCAAAUGCCCUGGAUCGACAGCUGGCUUGACAAGAACCCCAUUAUCCGCAUCGGGCCGAAACCCCUGGACAAUGGCUUCAGAUACACCGUCAACCUGGUGGCAGACUACCAGAGGAAGCUGCUGGACGGUAACCUCGACCGCAAGCCCGUCGCCAACUUCAUCGACAAUUACACCGGCCUCCAAAAGACGUGCCCCUUUGCCGACGACAACCAAGUCAUCAACUGGCUCAUGCUCAACAUCCUCGCCGGCGGCGACUCCACGGCCGGGGCGCUCCGCCCCGUUGUCUACCACCUGGCGAAAUGCCCGCGGGCCCAGGCCGAGCUGCAGGCCGAGCUGGGCGCGGCGCAGCUGCUCCGUGCCCCCCAAUGGAUCGCCCAGUGGAGGGACAUCAAGGCCCUCCCGUACCUGGACGCCGUCACGUGGGAGGCGGCACGCAUGAACCCGGCCAUAGGCCUGAUGCCGGAGCGCGAGGUGCCCCCGGGCGGGUUCCAGCUCCCGGACGGGAGGCUCAUCCCCGAGGGGACAAAAGUCGGCGUAAACCCGGCCGUCGUGACCAGGGAUGCCCGCUUGUUCGGCGGCCAGGUUGACAGCUUCAUCCCCGAGCGGUGGCUGGCGCUGCCGGGGGAGAGCGUUGAGCACCUCGCGCGGCGCCGUCGGCCCAUGGAGGAGGCGACCGACAUGAUGUUUGGCGCUGGCAGCCGGGCCUGCAUGGGGAAGCACCUUGCCAAGGUGGAAAUCGGCAAGCUCAUCGCCACGCUGUACAGCUUGUUUGAUAUCCAUCUGGUAGACAUCAAUCACCAGUGGAACCACUUCAACUCAUGGUUCAUGUACCAGAGCGAUAUGCCCAUGAUUAUCCGCCGAAGGAGCAUGGAACCUUGA